AUGUGAUCAAUACGUCUGUCUGUGGAGUCGUUGUUCAGUGGAUAAAAAUGUAAUUUCACAUGUUUUCUCAGACAGAAUGGGGUAUUAGGUGGAUUGCGUCCGACGCUGCGAUUCUGGCCUAAAGUGUAACCAUGCUGAAAUGGUUUUCUGGUGAAGAAGGGGAGCCUGGGUCAGCAGCCCAAGGCUCUCCCCGUGGAGCUGCUGAAGGUGGAGAAGUUGCUGUAGCAGAAAUGGCUGAGCGGCUGUCCCAAACCGAGCAGCUAGUUGCUCAGCUGAAGGAGCUGAUCCGGGAAAAGGAUGCAACAUUGCGCACCCAAAAUGAGCAGUUUAAGGUGGAGAAGGAGGCAUGUGAAGCUAAACUGUCAAAGCUUCGUCUUCAGAACAAAGCCAAAGUGACCUCCCUGAGUGCACAGCUGGAGGAGCUGAAGAAUCAACAGGGAGGUCGAGACAUGCCAACACACCACAAGAAGGGGGUGUCAGAAGGAGGAGAGCAAGCCAGUCGGGGCAAAAUUGUUUUGCUAAAGAAGAAAGUGGAGGAGAUGGAACAGCAACUUGCACAAAAAGAGGAAGAACUAGAAAAGCAGAGGAAGGAGGUGGCAUCAAACCGGCAGCGAGGUGAGGAGAUGGAUGCAAUGCUGAUGGAAAAAGACAGGAAGAUGGCAGAGAAAGACGCCUACAUUAUUCACCUACAAACAGCAAUGACAGGAGAUCAUCCUGUCAUACCUGCACUACAACAAAAGGCUGCAGAGGAGAGUGGAGCAGUACAGCAGGACAGUGGAGCGGUGCAGGAGCUGCAGCUGCUGGUGCAGAGUCUGACCACAAAGGUGGGAGAAGCGGAGGAGCGCUACAGUUUGCUUCAAGAGCAGACUGAGAGCCUCAGAAACCUGCUGGCAACAGAGAAGGAGCAGUACAGUCAGAAGGAGACCAUGUAUAAGCAGAAUAUCCAGACAUUUAAAGACAUAAUUCUUCAAAAAGAUAACCAGUUGACACAGGUCAGCCAGAUGCAUGAACAGGAGCUCUUCAGGCUUGCUGCAAAGUCUGAUGCCAGUGCCGACUUGGAGCAGCUUUUGAAAGCUCUCAAGCAGAAGCUUCAUGAGAAGGAGGAGGUGCUGCUGGGUAAAGCUCAGGUCAUUGAUGUUCUCCAAGGAGAAGUGGAUGGCAGAGAUGAGCAGAUUAAGGAGCUAACAGAGCGGCUGCGGCGGCUGCAGGUGGAGCGAGAGAGCCUGGAAUCCAGGAUGGAGGCAGAGAAGCAUGUGAUGCGUGCUCAGGUUCGUGACCUGAUGGAGAAACACCAGGUGGAGGUGCAAAGAAUGAUAGAGCAGCAUCAGGCACAGAUGGCCCAAACCCAGCAGGACCUUCUGAGGCAACUGGAGGAGCUGAGGAAGGCCUCCAGUCUGCAGAAGUCAAACCUAGAGGCCUCAGACAGCCGAAUCUCACCCACUGACUCAGCCUCUGUUGAAAGGCUGGCUGAACUGGAAGCCCAAGCAAAGCACAAAACGGAUGAGGCCAGCAAAUCAGAGGCCAAGUUUCUGAAAAUGAAAGCCUGGUCCAAAUCUCGAAUCAGACAGUUGGAGGAGGAGUUGAAGAAAAGCCAGUCUGGAGUUGCACCUCCGGACCUGAUGGCCUUGCGUAAUCGUGUCAUAUCCCUGGAGGAGGAGCGUGAGGAAUACCUCUGGAAACUUGACCAGUAUGAAGAGCUAAGAAUGAAAAACGAAAUGCUUGAGGCUAAGCUGGUCGUAUACGAGGAGCAACAGAGGACACUACAGGCAGACCUGGAACAGUUCACCAAGAGGGCUGCCUCUCAGGCCAGUGAAUCAGGAAGUGCAGAUGACACUCAGAGCCAAGUCCUGGAGUGGCAGGAGAUGGUCACUGAAGCGGUCACUGCCAGAGACCGGGCCAGGGAGGAGAAGGCUGCCAUGGUGCUCCGGAUUAACCACAUGGAGGAGGAGCGAGAGGCACUGGCCACUCGGCAGCGGGAGUUGGAGGAGGAGCUGGCCCAAGCUCGGGUGCUCGAACAACACAGAGCCAAGAAGCUUGCUGCUCCUGCUCAGCGUAGCCUGCAGGAGGAUUUUGACUUUGAUGGCCAGCCACCAUUUAUGGACCGGUGCAGUACAUCAGAAAGCACAACCCCAAUGGAAGGAGAGAACAUGGGAGGUUGGUGGCCGGAAUACAGUACUCCUGAUCCAGAUGGCUUACGGUCUGUUGUGGAGGAACUGGAGCUGGAAAGAAACCAACUGCAAGAGCAAAUACUGAGCCUGGAGGAGCGCUGUCAUGAUCUUGAGGAUCGGCUGCAGCUGCAAGCUCGCAUCGAGGCUUUACAGGUGACGUUUGAUGUAGAUGAAGAUGAACAGCCAUUUUGGGUCUCUCAGAAUGAGUCAGAGAAACUACAGAAUCAACUUGCCAGUGUUCGACUUCAACAAACCAAAGAUGCAGAGGAGCAUCGGUUACUGGUCAACAGCCUCAGUGACCAACUCAAAGGAUUGAGUGACACUCAGGAGAGCCUGGAAAGCUCCCUCAUUGAGAAGGAGAACACAUUGGCAGAGACAUCUGAGAAGCUUGAGCUUAUCAACAACCUGCGACAGUCUCUGAGUGAAAAACAGAUUCAUUACAAAGAGGUUUCUGACAAGCUCCUUCAAACUGAGCACACUCUUGACACUAUUUCCAAGAAAUAUAGCAGCUCUGAGAAACAGUGCUCUGAAUUGAAAAUAGAAGUUGGCAACCUCACACAGAAGCUCAGUGUGUUAAAAGAAAAGACACAAAAGCAAGAAGUCACUAUCGACGUUCUACAAGCUGAGCUUGAUCAAACAAAUGAGGAGCUGGACAAACUAAACACUGCCCACUUGGAAGAACGAGCCCAACUCAUUCAUGAGCUUCAAAGCUGUGAGCGAGAUAUUGAUAGUCUUAAAGAUCUGUUGUCGGAAAAGGAAAAGGAGAUAUCGACCCUGUCGGGUAACAUGACUGAGUACGUAGAACAGGUCACAGUGCUUAAGCAGGAGAUCAAACUCAAAGAGGAGACCCUGUGUGAUGUAGAAAAUGCAUUAAGUAAGGCUGAGCGAGAAGCAAUGAUUAUCAGAGACUCUCAGAAUUCAGACCAGCAGGUGCUAAACAGCAAAAUCACAGAGCUGGAUGGAAAACUGAAGGGUACAGAGAUGGAAUUGUUUAAAGCCAAACAGGAGAGGGAGACUAAAGCAGCCGAGGUGGAACAUCUUGUUCGGCAAGCUAAACAAGACAAGAAAACUAUUCAGGACCUUAGAUCAGAGAUCCAGAAACAUACUGCAAGCCAUCGGAAUCAUCUUUCUGAAUGUGAAACACAAAUAACUUCAUUAAAAGAACAGCUGGCUCUAUCUACCCGUAAACUACAGGAAGAAACAGAGGGACGUACCAUGCAACUCAAGGAGAAAAAUGCAGUUAAAGAGAAACUGCAACAACAGCUUCAUGAAAAAGAGCAAGCCUAUGAAACAGAAGUCAAAUCCUUCAAGGAAGAACAGAACAAACUUCUGAUGCAGGUGCAGAAAUAUGGAGAUGAUGUGCAGUCAUUGUCUGUGCAGUUACAAGUAAAAGUGCAGGGAGAAGAACGUAUCCAAAAAGCAAUGCAGGAAAAACUGGAAACAAUAGCGCGGUUAGAAAAUCACCUAAAGGAGGCUGAGGAUGAGAGGAACAAAAUCAGCUUUGAUUUGCAAGCUCGAGACUUGGAAAAUGAAAAGCUGUACAGUGAAGUUCACAGUAAAGAGGACAUCUUACAAAGCAUGAAUAUAGAAAAACUGCAAAUGCAAGAAAAGCUAAAUGGGUUAACUGAGGAGCUCAAGGUAAAAAAUCAGAUGGUCAGACAGCUUAAUGAUGAACUUACAUCUGCUCUUAAACUCAACAGUAGUCUGGAGAAGAAGGUAGAUUGUCUUACAGAAGCCAAUGAGAAGCUUCAAAUGGAAGUGGCUGAAAGUGUAAAAUCCAUUUCAGAACUUACACUUUACAAGGAAUCCCUGCAGGCCAAAAUAUCCAUGUUUGAAGCACAGCAUUUGCAAAGCACAAAACAUAUUGAAGGGCUACAGCAAGAUAAUGAGAAAUUAGCUGCUCGCACUACUGAACUCACCACAGUUCUUGAACAGAGCACAAAUUCCAACUCUGAACAACUUCUGGCAAAAACAAAUGAGUGUAGUCAUCUGAAGCAGCUGCUCCAGGCAAUGGAAGAGAAAGUGAAGCAACUACAAGAAGAAAGGCAAACCUUGAUUUCAACAGUAAACCAGCUUCAGGACGACCUGGCAGACAAAGAGAAGGCUGUCACGGAUCUUCAAGCACAAAUUAUGGUCCAACACAGUCAACAAAUGCAACUUCAGGAAACGUUGUCUCUGCUUCGAGAGCAGGAAAGUGAUCUGAAGUCUGGGUUGCUGGCAAAUGAUGCCAUCUUGAAACUGAAAGAGGAAGAGUGCUGCAGUUUACACAAUGAAGUUGUUCAUCAGAAAGGUUUUGUAUCCAAGCUACAAGCUGAUGCUGAAUCACUGAAGGAAGAAUGCGAACAACUUCACCACCAGAUUAAUGAGAGAAAAAGAGCAUUGAACGAUCUGACACAACAGAUUCAAAAACACGAAGAAGAAUUGAGUGUCGCAAACAAGACUGUUAUGACUCUGCGGGAUCAACUUGGUCUGGCGGAAAACACUGCCCGGAAGCUUGAGUCUGAAAAGUCGGGGACUAUUAUGAGUUUAGAGAGCUAUGAAAAGGAGAAUGCUUCAAUGAAACAGCAGCUUGACCAGGGACAGAGCGAAUUGGCCAGUUUACAUGCCCGCAUUCAGGAAGUUUCUAAUGAAAACCAGCGACUUUGUGCUGCAUGCCAUUCCAGAGAAACGGAGCUUGCUGAGAAAACACAAAUUGUAUUAGACUUUGGCGUUCAACUAAAAGUUGCUCAGGAAGAAAAUUCCACUUUUAACUUGAAGAUCAGCAGUUUAACUGAAGAUAACCAGAGACUACAAGAAGAUUUAGAACAGAACAUGAAAUCAGUUUCUGAACUAACUGCUGAGAAAGGCUUGCUGGAAUUUCAGAUCUCAGAGAAUCACAAAAUAAUUGAUGGUCUGUUGAAAGAAAAAGAGCAAAUUGCAGUUGCAGCAGAUGCUUUAAAGAAGGUUCUCGAAGAAAAUGAACUGUUGAAGUCAGCCGACUUGCUCGAAAAGACAAGGAAAUGUGAAGUCUUGUCACAGGAAGUUGAUGCCUUAAAAGCACAAGUUGCUCAGCUCAACUCGUUCUUGAAUGAGAAAGAGCUGACUGUGUUAGAGCGAAGUACUCAGUUACAAGCCCAGCAGAACCAACUGGUGCAACUUCAGGAUACGAUAUUUAUGCUUCAGGAACAGGGGUCUGUCCUUAAGUCGGGGCUUAUGGAGAAAGAUAUAAUAGUUCAGCAGAAAGAAGAGGAAGUUCGUGUUUUUCAGAAAGAAGUUGUCCUGCAGAAAGAUCUCGUAACACAUUUGCAGGAUGAGGUAGAGUCACUCAAAAGGGAGUGCUUAGAGGCAAAAGUGCAGCUAGAGGAUAAAGGAAAGACUUUACAAGAUGUCAUAAAUGAGCUGCAGAAGCACAAAGAUGAGCUGAAGAAACGUAGCGAAUCCGUGAUUUCACUCAGCAGUCAGCUUGGUGCCAUGAACGAGAAUGCUGCCGAGAUAGAGACUGAAAUUUCCAAUUUGAAGACCACUGUGCAGAAUCUCAGCGCUGAAAAGGACCAGAGUGUAAUAGAAGUAAAUGAGUGUAAGGACAAAAUUAUAGUACUGAAUGAGCAGAAUGCAAAAUUCAAAUCUGAGCUUCAGAAAACUGUGGCAGAAUUGUCAAAAGCCCUUGCAGAAGUUACAGAUCUCAAAAGCACAGUCAGUAAAAAGGAUGUGCAAGUGUCAGAUUUAACCCAAGAAGUUAAACAUGUAUUUUUGGAUAAGGAGAGGCUUAAUUUAAUCAUUCAAGAAAAGGAGCACUCCUUGAAACAGCAGGAGGAUUUCAUUCAGAAAGUUAAUAGUAAGAAUGCCGAGCAGGAGUUACAGCUGAAGGAGAAAGAUGAUGAUAACACCAAGCUAAAAAUGCAUAUUUCAAAGCUUGAAGAGUCCAUCAUUAAACUCAGAGGUCAAGUUGAUGGUCUUGUUUCUGAGUCAUCUGUGCUUAAGGACCAUUUGGAGAAAAAAGAACAGUUGAGUCUUGAGUGUCAAAGUUCAACAGCAGUCAUUGAAAAUCUCAAUUCAAACCUCCAAGCUAAAGAGGCAGAAUGCGAGAGCUUGAAAGAACAGAUUUCACACCUGGAAGAGUCUGUUGCAAAACUCAGCAGCACCAUCCACGUUCAGAUAUCUGAAAUGGAAACCCUGAAGAAGUCCAUGGAGGGAAAAGAGGCAGUUCUGUUGGACCAGUGGAAGUCUCUGCAAGACAUGAGCAGGAGAGCAGAUGAGGCUUUGCUCUUCAAAACGCAGUAUAUGGAAAGCACCGAGCUAGUGGCACAACUACAGUGUCAAAUUCAACUACUGUCCACUGAGUGUGACAACCUGAGAAGGUCAACAGAAGAAACACAGAGUGCAUUUAACAACCUGAAAGAGAAGUAUGCUGUUGAACUAGAGGAGUUGCAAGAUGUGAGGAGGCAGCUUUCCCAAAGGACUGAGGAAGUGUCCUUACACAGAAAGUUAUUGGAUGACACAAACAGUGAAGUUGAAAUAGCAAAGACUACUAUAGAAACACUCAGAAAUGAGUUAUCUGUAAGCCAUAGUAAACUCGACAAGGCCCAAGAGCUGAAUUCCAGUAUUUCAAAAGAAAAAGACGAAGCUUUGUCUUCUCACCAGACCAGUGUGUCUUUGUUAACUGUUGAAAUCGAAAGACUCAAGUCGCAGCACAUUCAAGUCGUGGCCCAAAUGAACGCACUGACAGAGAACCUUGAGCAGCGAGAAAUGGCUCUCCACGCAAUCAACAAGCAGUACACAGCCCAAGCCAAACACAGCGCUCAGUUACUUUCAGAGGUGCAGCAACUAAAAUCCCGAAAUAAGAGAGUAAGUCAGGAGAAUGCAGGGUCCCUGGCAGAGCUCCAAAAGCAACUCAGUCUGGGGGAACUGCACGUCCAAAUGGAGCAGCAGUCCAGCAGCAUGACGCAAAGGAUGGAGAAAAUGGUGCUCGAGAAGGAGAGCCUUCAGACAGAGAACAACAGACAAAUGAGCGAUUACCUACAAAAAAUGGAGCAAAGGAUGCAAACCUCUACACCGCAACAUGAAAAAGAAGUUGGCAGGUCCCAGGAAGAAAUUACAGAUUUUAGGUCUGAUGUCUGCAGACAGCAAAACGAAUUCCAAACUGCAAAGGAGCCAACAGAUAAGAAGGAAGCCCAACUACUUAAGCAGGAAGCAGGUGCUUUGGCAGGACGGGGUAGGUCGGAGGAAGUGGUGAGCCGAUUGGAGACUGAGAGGAUCCAGCUUCACAGAGACUUACAGCGCUGCAUGUAUGAGAUCCAGCAGAGAGACCAGUACUUUCAGCAACUCAACGUGAAGCUGCAGCAGGUAAUGGAGGAGAAAGGUGUGGUCGCAGCCCAGCUGAGGGCAGUUUCUGAAACCCUAAGGAACACCCAAAAUCAUUGCCACUGGCUGGAAAACCAAGGCCAGGCACAGGGGGCAUUAUUUGCUGAGGACGCACCCGGAGCCCCACAGGAGAGAAGUAGCCUGUCGAUCACCAUGGAAACUGAUGAGGCCAGUCAGCUCAGAGAACGGUUGGUGGAGGUGGAGCAGAGUCUGUCAGAGGAGCGAUCCAGGAGGGAGAUGGCUGAGGAGGCACUGCGUUUGCUCGAGGACCGAACAAAGAGCGUUGGUACCAGUGUGUCCAGAGACAGACCGAACGACUUCAGCAUCCAUCUGGAAGCCGAGGAGGAGUGGGAGGCUCUGAGUCUCAACCCAAACCAGCCUCUCAUCUCACGCAAGGUGAAAGGUGGGAUGGCAGCGUGCCGACAGUGGCUCCGGGGGAGGAGCCUCUACUUCUCCAAGCUGCUGAUGAGCCGCGGACGAGCUCGAUAUUUGUUUUUGGCCUACUUGCUCACACUGCACGUCCUUGUCUUCAUGUGCCUCAGUGGCGCUCUUUAGGAAGGUCACAGCAGAACACUAACAUGAAAGCACACCUGAUAUCCCUCGUGUUGGUCACAAAUACAGCAUUUAUUUAUUGCACACGCAGCGAGAAUGUAAGACUGGGCAUACCGCGACACGUUCCACAGGCUUCCAUUCUCUCGCCACUACUGCGGGUGAUGUUCACACUAAAUUACCCCAGCCAGUCAGUUGUGGCUGUUGGUGACAUCUUUGAUUGUCAACAUGAAAAUAUCAACAUUUUGUUUGAAACGUCUGUGAAAUUAAUUUUUAUUUAUCUCCACCACCAAGGAUUUUGCUUCUGUUAGUCUGCAGUCAACAGGAUUGUUUCAAAAAAUUCCAGAGGUGGAUAUAUUAAGUAAAAGAAGGAUGUUUUGAGGCCGAUUCAGAUCUGAAAGAUGAUCAUGCUGCUUGUUUUUUUUAUGUUGUACAGUGAGACAAGCCUUAAAAUGUGACAGUCUCGCUGUUCUUUCAGUUGGCUUCCUCAAUCUCUUCAUGAAAUUGUCCACAAUGUGGCAUUGAGGAAACAAACUUCUCAUGCUUCAGAUGGGAACUGAUACCAUUAAUGGACCAUUUCAGGUGUUUGAGCCCAAUAUAUAGAAAUAGCUUGUGUCACUGUGUCAGUGCAGUUGGAUUUGAGUCCCGCUCUUGCUGCUUGUCUGUGUCCUCGGACUAAACAUUUUGUCUGCAUCAUCUCUGUCCACCCAGCUGUAAAUGGGUACCAUCCUUGGCUGGAGAAGUGACCUGUGAUGGGCUGGCGUCCUGUCCAAGGACAGUAGUAAACUUUCAUCAACUUCACUCUACAGAAUCCUGGGAUAAAUGCCGGCACUGGGGAGUCUCAGGUCCUGUGUGUGACUUACUGCUUCUACUGUACCAGUGAAAAUUCUGUUAAGUACAACAUAUCUCAAAGCUUAGUCAGAAACAUGUGGGUGUGGCAGACCUUUCAGCACACCCUAAACUCAAGGUAUAACUUAGCAUUUACAGCCUCGUUUUACUUUGUACUGAGCGAGUCUCCUGUAUGGGUGUUGAAACUUGAAGAUGAAAGUGCAGUUGUUUCUGACAAAAUGUCGACAUGCACCACAUUAUUGCCGACCAGUUUAAAAAAAAAAAACCUACAUGCAGAUAGUCACUGUUUUCACUUGAACGAAUUUGAUCCCUGCACUGCCGCGCAAUUU